AUAUAAAUCUCUCACAGUCACACACACGAAGGACACAGACUUUUCUCUUUCUCAUCUUCAUCUCUCUCUGGUUUCUCUCUCUAGAAAGUUUCUCUCUCUAGAACUAUUUGAAAAACGAAACUAAGCAAUGGCUGCUGAAGUUAGUUCUCUAAUUCGUGUUCUUGGUGGUGGUGGAUACAAAGAUGAACAACAUCGGACGGUGGGAAAUGAAUCUCACGGUGAGAAAUCAACGGCUCUGAUUACAAGAGACUUACUCGGUGGGUCCUCCAAUGAAUCCCAAGAAUUGGAUCUUGAUUUACAGGUUCCUAGUGGCUGGGAAAAACGUCUUGACCUUCAGUCGGGGAAAGUAUAUAUUCAAAGGUGUAACACAUUACCCUCUUCACCAAUUUCUGAAACGAAACCAACAACUCCAAAAUUUCAAGACCUAAAUUUUCCAUCAACGCAAUCAAAUGUUGCGUUGAAUCUCUUUGAUGAAACGAGUUUAGACUUAAAACUCGUUUCAUCUACUUUACCAUCAAACAAUUAUCAAAGUGUGUGCACACUUGACAAAGUGAAAUCCGCUCUAGAAAGAGCUGAGAAGGAACCAUUACGGAAAAGAGCAUCAUUUUUGAAGUCUUCGAUUUCAGCAACAUCGCCUUCAUCGUAUUCAUCUUCUUCAUCGUCAAUUCGAGAAACAACAAAUCAUCAUGAAGAAGAGCAAAGCGAAGAGAAAAUGGUGUCGUCACCAAUGGCUGCAGGGUGUCCCGGUUGUUUGUCCUAUGUUUUGAUAAUGAAGAAUAAUCCUAAGUGUCCUAGGUGUAAUUCAGUUGUUCCAAUUCCAAUCAUGAAGAAACCUAGGAUUGAUCUUAAUAUUUCGAUUUGAUUAAUGGUUAAUUAAGGAUAAUUGGUAAUAGUUAUUACCUACAUUUUUAUUAUAAUUUUUUUCUUUGCUUUUUUGUAAAUUGAAUGAUAGAUAAUUAAAUUUAGGUGGUUUAAGGAUAGGAUCAAUUUUAAGGGAUGUUGGCCAGAGUUUAUGUAAAUUGAAAAGUUACUGCCAUUUUACUAGAGAAUCUAAUGGAAUUUUUGUUCA